GUGUGGGGGGAGGAAAGAAAAAAAUGAAAGUGCUUGGAAAAUAGUGUUGUGUUUUCUUGCAGAGGGACGUCACAGUCCGAGCACAGAGAGCAGAAGUAGGAAUAGGAUCAUACCAAGACAGUGGAGAGAGAUCAAUCGGAGAUAUCAAAACAUAAGAUAUAACGCCAGAUGAACAAAGUUUUUUUACCCCCCAGAAGAGUCCUGAGACAAAUCGUUCAAGAAUAUUUGCUAAAUAAUAUGCGUUCAUCGUGACGAGUCGCUGAAAUAAAUGUCCUGGGAUUAAAAAUAAACAAAGGACUGUUUAUGGUUUUCUGUUCUUCCCUCUCUCUUUCUCUCCAACAAAUCGCCGGAGUGUUUUGCGCACAAUCGGGAGGCGCCGCUGACUGACUGACGGCAGGAGGGAACGAAAGUUUGCCAGGCGGGCGGAAUAAUAUUCGACGUAAAGAAUAUUACUGUCCCAAUUGUUUUUCGACAUUGGGACAGCAUAUUUCAAACUGAGACACGUUGUAGAGACGUUUGGAAACUGCGAACAUUUGUUCAGGCGAGCGGUGACAUCGAAAUCCGGAUAGAAAUCCUGUUUUAAGGCGUGUGCGUGGGUUGCGCCGUAACAUGAAGGUGGUGGCAGAUUGACGCGGAUUGCGCGAGAGCCGCUGUUUUGGAGCUGUGCUUCUAAAUUCUACAUUUCUGUUGAUAUAUUUCUGUUCAUACUGCUCGUGUGUUUAUAAAUAUAGUGAUUUUGAUUGAGGUGGGCUUGGUUUAGUUUACGCAGUGCUGUCAACAUGAGUGUAGAGACGGAGCGCAGUGUGGCAUGUCUGUUUGGAUCCGAGCGCCAAUUCAAGCUCAUGUAAAUGUUGCCAUGCAAUCUUUAGGAUUAUAGGCUAAAGCACGGUCAUUUAUCAUCAAUAAACGCUCGCUAAGCUCUCGACCAUCAUCUACUAACAUUUCAUCGCAAGAACAGGAUCGCUUGGGGAAUCUCUCGUUCUCUGAUUUAAACGGUUUUUUUAAUGGUCAGAAAUCCUGCAGCUGUUUUCGCACGCGGUUAAACUGCACGCGACGGGGACGAGCCAAAUGUUUCUCUUGGAAGCUCACAAGUUUUUCUGAACUGUCCUUUGAAAUAAACAUCGUAGAAAAUAAAUCACAACAAUAGUGCGCCUGUACCUGCUGUUUUAGAGAACUUGUAUAUAAUCCUCGCUGCCUUCAUAAAUUGCAGUAAACAUGUCAGAAAACGCACCUACGCGGAGUCUGGAUGACAUCGACCUGGCCGCCCUGCGGGAUCCAGCAGGAAUCUUCGAACUGGUGGAAGUCGUGGGCAAUGGCACUUACGGACAGGUGUACAAGGGUCGUCACGUAAAGACAGGUCAGCUGGCUGCCAUAAAGGUCAUGGAUGUGACUGAAGAAGAAGAGGAGGAGAUUAAAGCUGAGAUUAACAUGCUGAAGAAGUACAGUCACCAUAGAAAUAUUGCCACCUAUUACGGAGCCUUUGUGAAGAAGAGUCCACCAGGAAACGAUGACCAGCUCUGGUUGGUGAUGGAGUUUUGUGGUGCCGGCUCAGUAACAGACCUGGUGAAGAACACAAAAGGAAACUCAUUGAAAGAAGACUGGAUUGCAUAUAUCUGCAGAGAGAUACUGAGAGGUCUGUCUCACCUCCAUACUCAUAAAGUGAUCCACAGAGACAUCAAGGGACAGAAUGUACUGCUUACAGAGAAUGCUGAGGUGAAACUCGUGGAUUUUGGGGUGAGCGCACAGUUGGAUCGUACAGUGGGCAGAAGGAACACUUUCAUUGGCACUCCGUACUGGAUGGCUCCAGAGGUCAUUGCAUGUGAUGAGAAUCCAGACUCCACCUAUGAUUACAGGAGUGAUAUCUGGUCUCUGGGCAUCACCGCUAUAGAGAUGGCUGAAGGAGCACCUCCAUUGUGCGACAUGCAUCCCAUGCGAGCCUUGUUCCUUAUCCCACGGAACCCUCCUCCUAAACUCAAGUCCAAGAAAUGGUCCAAAAAGUUUAUAGACUUCAUUGAGGGCUGUCUGGUAAAGUCAUAUCCGAGUCGACCUUCCACAGAACAGCUACUGAAGCACUCGUUCAUCAGAGAUCAGCCCACAGAGAGACAGGUCCGCAUCCAGCUCAAAGAUCACAUCGACCGCACACGCAAGAAACGUGGUGAAAAGGAGGAGACAGAGUAUGAGUACAGUGGUAGUGAUGAAGAGGAUGAGAACAGAGGAGAUGAGAGAGAGUCCAGCUCUAUUCUGAAUGUUCCUGGUGAGUCGACAUUGCGGAGGGAUUUCCUGCGGCUGCAGCAGGAGAAUAAGGAGCGCUCUGAGGCCUUAAAGAGACAGCAGGUGCAGCUCGCCGCUCAACGCAGAGACCCUGAGGAGCACAAACGCCAGCUGCUGCACGACCGACAGAAACGGAUAGAGGAGCAGAAAGAACAGAGGCGGCGCUUAGAGGAGCAACAGAGGAAGGAGAGGGAGAUGGUGCGGCAGCAACAGGAUAAAGCUCCUCACCGGAGACUCGAUGACAUGAGGCGAGAGGAGGACAGGAGGAUGGCAGAAAGGGAGCAGGAGUUUAUAAGACAUAAGUUGGAGGAAGAACAGCGGCAGUUAGAGAUACUGCAGCAGCAAUUACUGCAGGAGCAGGCUUUGCUAAUGGAGUACAAGCGUAAACAGCUGGAGGAGCAGAGACAGUCUGAGAGACUUCAGAGACAGCUGCAGCAGGAGCAUGCUUACCUCGUCUCACUGCAACAACAGCAGCAGCAAGACAAGAAACCACAGAUGUACCACUACAGCAAGAACCCAGAGAACAACAAACCAGCCUGGGCUAGAGAGGUUGAAGAGCGCAGUAAAUUAAACAGACAAGGCUCUCCCAAAAUCUGCACUACAGUCUCUGACACCAACAUCCAAUCACGUUCUGAAUCAAUCAACCAAUCAGGAGCUGCUCAGACUCCACCCAUGCAGAGACCUGUGGAACCGCAGGGUGGACAGGGAAAGGAUCCCUCUCCCACACCCACACCUCGCCCUCUACACUCCAGAGAACUAGUCCGUCAAAAUUCUGACCCCACCUCUGAGACCCCCGUCCCUCAGUCACGGCCAAUGAGAGAUGACCGAGGACCCUGGAUCCGUCUUCCUGAGAUUGAGCAGCCUCCUAAAAUUCCUCAGAGAACAGCCUCCAUAGCCACUUCACUGAACACAAAUCUCUCCUCUGGUAUCAGACACCCAGUCCGAGCAAGUAAUCCAGAUCUGAGUCGUAAUGAACGUUGGGAGCGAGGCGACAGUAUGAGCAUCAUGUCCAACCUGCCACAGACCGGCUCUCUAGAGAGACAUCGCAUACUCAGCUCUUCAAAGAUGGACACCUCCCCCACCCUGUCUCAUGAUGGUCGACACAAACCAGGAGAAUCCCGUACCUCAUCCAGACCGAGCAGGCCAGCGAGCUAUAAGAGAGCAAUAGGAGAGGACCAUGGACUAUACUCUAAGGAGCGGGCAGAGGAGCAGCCACGACCCCCGGUGAAGGCUAAUGAUUACUCCUCUUCCUCAGAAAGCAGCGAGAGCAGUGAAGAGAGUGAGAGUGGAGAGGGAGUCGAAGAGGAGAGCCCUACUGACCGCACACGUGAUGCAGAUUCUGACUCUGUGAACACUAUGGUGGUCCAUGAGGAGGAGGAAGGUGGAGGAGAGGAAGAACGUGCUGGAGGAUAUGGGGACCAAACCAUGCUUGUACAGAGGCAGACCCCAGAGAAGCGUAGUCAUAAUGGAUACACCAACCUGCCUGAUGUGGUUCAGCCCUCCCACUCUCCCACAGAAUCGGCCUCCCACUCUUCUCCUGGGAAAGACUCUACAUAUGACUAUCAGUCCAGGGGAUUGGUGAAGGCCUCUGGAAAAUCCUCAUUUACUACUUUUGUGGACCUUGGAAUGUACCAACCAUCAGGAGACACAGAUAACAUGCCUGUUGGGGGUUUGGGCUCUCGUUUUGAGCAGCUGAAGCUGGAGGUGAGGAAGGGCUCGAUGGUCAAUGUCAAUCCCACCAACACUCGUCCAGUCAGUGACACUCCUGAAAUCCGCAAGUACAAGAAGAGAUUUAACGCUGAGAUCCUGUGUGCUGCUCUCUGGGGUGUGAAUCUGCUGGUAGGAACAGAGAAUGGUCUGAAGCUGCUGGAUCGCAGUGGACAGGGAAAAGUUUAUCCACUGAUCAACUCACGCAGGUUUCAGCAGAUGGAUGUUCUGGAGGGUCUCAAUCUACUCAUUACAAUAUCAGGAAAGAAAAAUAAGGUACGUGUAUAUUAUCUGGCCUGGCUGAGGAACAAAAUCCUCCAUAAUGACCCAGAGGUGGAGAAGAAACAGGGCUGGACCACUGUAGGGGAAAUGGAGGGCUGUGUCCACUACAAAGUGGUGAAAUAUGAAAGGAUUAAGUUUUUGGUUAUCGCUCUGAAGAAUGCCGUGGAGGUUUAUGCUUGGGCUCCCAAACCUUACCACAAAUUCAUGGCCUUCAAGUCAUUUGGUGACCUGCCUCAUAGGCCUCUGUUGGUUGACCUCACAGUGGAGGAAGGCCAAAGGUUAAAGGUCAUCUAUGGGUCAAGCGCUGGCUUCCAUGCCAUUGAUGUUGACUCCGGAAACAACUAUGACAUCUACAUUCCUGUGCAUAUCCAGUCCCAGGUGACUCCUCAUGCAAUUGUAUUCCUGCCCAACUCCGAUGGGAUGGAGAUGCUGUUGUGUUAUGAGGACGAGGGGGUUUAUGUCAACACAUAUGGGCGCAUCAUUAAAGAUGUGGUGCUGCAGUGGGGAGAAAUGCCCACAUCUGUGGCCCAUAUCUGCUCUAAUCAAAUUAUGGGCUGGGGAGAGAAAGCCAUUGAGAUCCGAUCUGUUGAGACGGGACACCUGGAUGGAGUCUUCAUGCACAAGAGAGCUCAGAGGCUUAAGUUCUUGUGUGAAAGAAAUGACAAGGUGUUUUUUGCAUCAGUGCGUUCUGGUGGCAGUAGUCAGGUCUACUUCAUGACCCUCAAUAGAAACUGCAUCAUGAACUGGUGAAAGAGCUGCCACAUAAACAAGAGUCUGCUGUGUGCACACAUACAAACACUGAAGAGUCCUCACACAAUACAGUUUCUCACAUACACACACUGUAAAUACAAACCCAUAAUCUUGAACAAGCCUACAGACGUAACACGCAUACACUUACUUAGAUAUAUACUUCCUGAAAACACUCCUUCACCAUCUUUGUUCUCUGAGCCAACUGUACAAGGAGUGUGUGUAUGUACUGUGAGCACUGCUGACCUCUGACAGAGCAAUGUUGUGUACAACUAAUUCCAAACGUUUCACUUUCAGCUCACUUAGCCCUGUAACAUUCCUCUCUGAUCAUUUCUGACAUUUGUAAGACCAGACAAAAUGGCUUACUGUACUUUCUUUCUAGAAAUGUAUGCAAGCUAAGAGAAUGACAACAUUUCUGCAUGUCUUCUGACACAGCAGCUGUGUGUAUGUGUGGUUGAGACUUUAUAAGCUACUAAGAGCAGCAGAAACAACUUGAAACUCUGCGGUGGUAGAGGUACUUCAACAUCUGUAAUUUUCCAUUUCCACUGUAUAGUGUAGUCGUUUGUAAGUGGUUGCAUUCAAAGUUUCGAAUACAAGUGAUAUAAUGUUUUCUUUUCAAGAAGUAGAAGUUAAGACAAUGAUUUCAGAAAUCAAACUAUCGGUUUUAACAUAUUCUGACAUGUUACCCUUCUGAGGGAGGGAAGAAUACAGGUUUUGCUUUCUUGAUAAAUAAACAAUAAUCCGACGCCUGUUUCGCCGAACCGUUUGUUCGAGGGAAACGCCUUUGGUGGCCACUAACAGAGCAGAAUGCAGCAUUUUGCAUUUCCACUUGUCAGCUGGUGAGACCGAGUCACCCACAAUGGUCUUUUUAUUUUGCUUUUCAAAGCACUUUUUAUUUCUAUGUGGGAACUAUCAUCAUCUACUACAGUUUGAUAUUCUCUGUACGUAAACGUAAUCUGUAUUACUCCUUUUAUUAUCUGCUGUUCAAUAGCUGUUCUAUUGCAAUACGUGCUGUGUGCUUGUUCUUGUAUGAAGUAUUAUGCGGGAGUUUCUCUUUGGUUAUUCUAAUUCUAGAGGCAGGAAGUUAUGAUGAAGUGCUUUUUUUGGCAGCAUAAAUGCAUAGUUCAGUUACCACUGUGUAAAUUGUACAUAGAAGCCAUGAACGCAUUUAGAUAAAAGUGUUGUUUGUAUGCACAAGGCACAUGAGUAUUUUUUAGUUAAAACACCACUACUGCAUAAUACAAAAUUAGCAUUUUUCUCACCUCUGAUAGUUAUUUCAUAACUGAGUCAUGUGUUUAUGCUGUCAAAAUUGCUUGAUGUUCUUGAAAAUGUAGUUUUUUUUUCUUCAUGUUUGGACCCCACCAUUUUUAGCAACAAAAAUGUCAUGAUUUAGACAAAGACUUGGGCAUGGAUCUGAGCAAAAAUAUUCUUGUGUAUCUGAUGGUGUGCAAAAGAAAGAUGUGUGUGUGUGAUUGUGUAUGUAUCAGUGGGAAAUAUUACUCCGUAACAUACAGUAGGAUCAGUAUAAAGCAAUAGUACUGUAUAAUGAUUAGUGAUUGGUUUGUACCUGGUAUUAAUGUCUCCAGCUUUGCAAUACUAAACCAGAGAUUAUUUUCUAGCUAUUCACUCAUCUACAUCUACAGCAUAGUGAACAUAUUCAAAGUAUUUACCUGCUUACUGGUCUAAAACAUUUUAGAACACCUGUUCAGAAUCUAGUCUUCUAUCCCUAUUUAUCAAAGACAGUUUGUUAAAUACACGAUGGUAUGUUACAUACUUAAAAAUGCUGCCUUUAAAAAACGUCUUGUGUAUGAUGAGCUAAUUCUAUUUGAACAUAUUGAUGCACUUUGGUCCUUCCUAAACAUUAUUUCUAGUUAAUAACCGUAAAUUAUUUUUAAGCACUGAUUUGUACAGUAGCUUGUGGCAGUACAAUCAUCAUCAUCAUCAUCAGUUACCUAAUAGCCCCUCCCCUCCCCAAGCUGGACAUAUUGGCUGCUGUCACACAGUGACACUUGUCUAGACAAGCACUCAACUGUGAUGACACAUUCAAUCAGUCAUCAUUAAAAUAAAGCAAUGUUGAGUGGAACACUUCAGACAAGUACAAAUAAUUAUACAUUGUUAAAAUUGCAUUUUGGAGAAAAACAAACCAAACUUAAAUAUGUUUAUCUGAACUGGACACUACUGUGCCAUUGUGACAUUCUCUUUUUCAAACAUUUCAAACCUUUUGUCCACCUCCCUUAUUAUCUGUAACUCUUUCAAUCUCUUACUAUAGAAUUUGAAGCAAUUUCGUGCUUCGUAAAUCAAACUGCCAUGUUUACUGAAACAACAGUGCCUUGGAUUGGGGUUGGGUGUAUUUGCUUGAUUGUGUGUAUGGGUGAGCGAUGAAUGAGCAAGUAAUUGACCUUCAGGGAAGAGAAAAGUUAGUGAUCGAGAUAAAAAAAUAUAUAAAUAAAACUAAAUCCAUUUCGUUGUUCAGUUAGGGGUCUUGUGCCAACAAAGUGCACUUAAACGGACAAAAACCAGAGCACCAAGACAGGCUCCUCUCUCAAUCUUUUUUUUUGAGCACAAAAGCCAUGCCAUAUAGAGUUCAUUGCUGCAGUUUUAGCGCAGUGUAUUCCUCCACAGUAUUUAUAAUAAGCUUGUUUAAACGCCAUUCAAUUAGGUGAAAAACUACUUAGAUGACAAGACCGAGCACUUUAUUCCGGAGUGGACGAUUAUUAGCUUGAAUAUCAUUGGCUUUAUAAUUUUGCCAAAAAGGGGAAGCCUCUGGGUAUCAUGCACAAACAUUAAAAAGGGUUUGGGUUGUCAUGGUGAGGAGCUCGAUUCAUGCAUUGUGAUGGAACGGUUCCCAGCAUUCCGGAGAGCUCUUGAAAUUUGGUGAGAUUUUGACUUGAUGCUUACUAGUGAAUGCGUACAACACAUUUUUCACACUACUGGAUGACAUAAUUUAUGUUUUUAUAUCAGAUUUUUGAUGUAAUAAAGAAAUUAUUAUAGAGAGGAAACAUGCUUUGACACUAAGGUAAAUGGAAGAAUUUAUAUUAGGAUUAUAAUGGCCUGUCUGUUUGGAAAAACAAAGGAAAUUGUUAUAUAAUUUUUCUUUUAUACCUAAAAUAUAUGGAAAUGUAUCUAAAAAGAAUUUAAUGAACAACCAUAGAAAUCAAUAAAACAAAGGAAUGCAUUUGUACAUGUAACAUUUUGCUGGCUGGAUAACAAUAUGAGACCAAUGCUUCUUUCUGUGUCGCAGUCAAAGCUGUACCUAAGGCUGUAACAUUCAGUUAGACUCCUCUCUCUCCCCUCUGUUUCCCAGCAAGUGUUAUAAAAGAGAGUGUGGGUGUGCGAAUGUGCAUGUGUGAAUAGGAGAGCUAUUUUUGAUCUGAGUGUGUGCUGUUCAUUAUUCCCUUAGUGGAAAGAGAGUAGGGGGAGAAAAGAAGACCAGUCAAAAGCUAUUGAGGACCAGUAUGGUCAAACAUACACUCAAAUCAUCACCACUGGACUCAAGCCACAAUAUGACUUGCAUCAUAUUUGUAAAAGCCACCAGUAACCAAAUUUAAAAUUUUAGUCCAUUCUAUAGCAAUGGACCACACUCUUGAUCUCACAGUAUAAGACUGACUUCAGAUUUAAAGCUACAAGCUCGAAUGGCUGAUUAAUAUGGAUGUUUUCUCUUGUGUGAGGUUACAGGUGACGUGUACCUGUAUCUACAGGUACACGUCAUUGGCUUAUUUGGCAACUUUCCAGGCAUAAUGAAUGUAUUCAGUUUGUUUUAUCCUGGUCUGUUCAAUCACCCAAAUCCAGACUGGGAUAAAAUGUUGCCAACUUUUGAAAUUCUCAAAUGUGAGUGCUCUUUAAUGAAUGGUGGAAGAACUGAUGCCUAGUUUGAGCUCUGUUGGAUUAAAUACUUAUCACACAGCUGGGUCAGAUGUCUAUAACUGCAGUUGUCUUCAUUCUGGCUCAGGUGCACAUGCUUCAUUUGAAAUAUGUAAAGAUGAGAUUUGACACUUCAUCCACAAGUUCCCUCCUGCACAGUCCACAAGAUAAAACAAAUUUGAACAAAUGCUCCUCUGACAUUAUUGUUAAAUCCUCUUGCUCAUUCACUUACCGGUAAAUAUUCAACAAUAGCCAGUCUUUCAAAUGCUAGACCAGGUUGUGUUUAGCAGUCGCAGAAAGGUCUGGAGCUAUCUGGUUUAAGGCCUUUACUGCGGUGUUUGAGGUAUAUAUCUAGUUUACAUGCCAUUAGCACUACGCUAACAAAUGGCAUUUCUCUUGUUGUUCUCUAGUAAUACGAAUUAAUCCCUUAGCUGAUUUUGUAAAAUAUUUACUACUCCAAAGAGGGGGAGGGGGGGGGGGGACUUUGUUUUGUUCUUUUGGGUUCAUCUUAUAGCAGUAGCCAGGAGAGGUUAAUGGUUGUUUUGGAGGUCUUAAUAAAGUUGAUCCUCUGUGAUGGGUUGAUUAUCAUUCUUUUCAUUUCUUCCCCCCCAAGUCUUUGUUUCAGAAAAAAGUUGAUGUUUCAGCCAUAUUUUAGUUUACGUUUAGGAGAAUGAAUGUUUCAAAUGAUUUUAAAGUCUUAAAGAUUGAAUGCAUUCACAAGUCUGUAAUGUCUUAAAGCAUUAUUUGAGAAUAAAAAUUACUUGAUCUCUGUUAAGAUUGUUACUCCUUUUUUCCCCUUUCACCCCAAUUUAUUAAUUUUAUUUUUAAAAACAAUACAUUUAAUUUGUUUGAAACAUGUUUUUAACUUUGUUGUACAUGCACUGUGUUUUUAUGGUCCGUUAAAGAAUAGUCAAUAAAAUAGUUUUCUAUCCACACUUUCAGUAUGUUUACAUGCACUUUAAAGUUCCAUUUCAGUCAGACCAAAACAAUCUUUCAAAUGUGUAAAUGCCUGGAAAUUAUACCAGUUUAAUUUGAGAAGUUGGACUAAAAGACCUAGAUAAUGAGAUUUAAGCUUGGCUAGUUCUAGCAUGUACUGUAUACAUGUUAAUCAGACUACAUUUGGCCUCAACCUGCAUUGUGAAUAUGCUCCAAUAGACAGAUGUGGCGUGUAACAUUUUUUGCAACACUUCCUUAGCUGAUGUCCUUCCUCCAAGUAUGCAAUUACACAUCGUGUCAUGUGUACUUAGAGAAA